GUAAACUCCGCCUACCAGGACCUGAAGGGAGACACAGAACACAAGCAGUAACCAAGGACAAUACACAACCCUACAGGCCAUGGCAGAGCCAGAGGGCUAUCACAGAUGAUGCUGAACUUCCGGGAUGCUGAGCAGCACCGAGGAUGCGGAGGAUGCUUACGAGGAGAAGUGUCCACGCGAUCGAUGGCCUCAAAAACACCAGUGGGGUUUAUUGGUCUAGGAAAUAUGGGCAGUCCCAUGGCCAAAAACUUGUUAAAAAAUGGUUAUCCUGUUAUUGCCACUGAUGUCUUCCCUGAGUCCUGCAAGGAGCUGCAGGACCUAGGUGCUCAGGUAGUGGACUCACCAGCAGAGGUGGCAGAGAAAGCCGACCGCAUUAUCACAAUGCUGCCGUCAAGUCCCAACGUCAUAGAGGUCUACACAGGCCCAAAUGGCAUCCUCAAAAAGGUGAAGAAGGGAACGCUGUUGAUUGACUCCUCCACCAUUGACCCUGCAGUCUCAAAAGAGAUGGCAGUCGCUGCAGAGAAGAUGGGUGCCGUGUUCAUGGAUGCUCCAGUGUCAGGAGGUGUCGGGGCUGCCAGCAUGGCCAAACUGACGUUCAUGGUUGGCGGAGUGGAGGAGGAAUACAACGCUGCACAAGAGCUGCUUACCUGCAUGGGAGCCAAUGUUGUCUACUGUGGACAGGUUGGCACUGGACAGGCAGCAAAGAUCUGCAACAAUAUGCUGCUGGCCAUCGGGAUGAUUGGCACCGCAGAGACCAUGAACCUUGGAAUUAGACUGGGUUUGGACCCAAAGCUGCUGGCAAAGAUCCUCAACAUGUCCUCAGGUCGUUGCUGGUCCAGCGACACGUACAACCCAGUCCCUGGGGUCAUGGAGGGAGUCCCCUCUGCCAACAACUAUCAGGGCGGUUUUGGAACCACACUAAUGGCAAAGGAUCUUGGUUUGGCCCAAAACACUGCCACCAACACUAAGACACCCAUCCCGCUGGGUUCCCUCGCCCACCAGAUCUACCGAGUCAUGUGCUCCCGUGGCUACGCUAACAAGGACUUCUCAUCUGUCUUCCAAUUCUUACGCGAAGAGGAAGGACAGUGAGCGUAGGGGAGCACAGUUGACUUUGAUUUUACCCUACACACACCACAACCACACAUCCAGUGCCCCUUAUCCCACUAUGCUCAGGAGAGACUAAGGCCUUGCCCUCAGGCACAGAUCUGCAGUCCAAUUAACAAACUGUGUCUCGACGUGUGUCCCGUCAUCGCAUUAACUGAAUUAUAUUUUCAAUUCAUGACUGUCAUUCUGCAUGCGGGGAAGUGCUAAAACUGACCUUAGAUCAGUAUCUAGACACAAAGCAGCUCUUUUCCUAGGCUGGGCUGAUAGGCCAGAGUGGGGAAAAGGAGAGGGAGGAUCAGGUGCUGCAGGUUUACAUGUAACAGUGCUAAAAAUUGGGGGGUUUUCAGGAUGAUUGAGAAGUAAUAAUUGCAUUAAUGUUAAAAGUUAAGUAUGCUUUUGUCGGGUUGUGCUUUUUGCCUGUUACCCAAAAGACCUGAUAGAGGACACAAAAAACAAACAAAUAAACAAAGCAAGAUACAGAAAGGAUUCGCAUAGUAAUGGAAAUUUCUUUGAACAGACAGUGCAAGAACGUGCAGAGUUUGGUAAAUACUUUUGCUAAUUGAAAAAGAAUUCACAGCACUACAUGUAAAAUAACCAAAACUGGCCAUACUAUAGGCUCAGAGUUUACUUGGUUUGUUACAUUUCCUUGUUUAUGGGUGGUUUCAGUCAGUUACUUAGGUGCCACCUGGGACUUCAAUGCCAGCAUACGUACUUAUUCGCUUCAUUAUUCCAUCAUCCAGUUCUUAUUUUUUACUUUGUGAAUACAUUAGAGUUACAGUUUGUUCUUUGGCACUACAUUUAAUUCUCAUUGGAAGGACCAGUUCUGCUCUACUAUACUAUGAGAUAAAUGUCUGGUUAUUUUUGCACUUUGUGCAUCGCGGCGCGAUGUGCUGGGUUAUUUUGAUAGAGUUACAGAAUAUCUUUGAAUUUACCUCUCUUCUCUACUGUCUACAUCUGCUUAUCGAGCCACUGGAGUAUUAUUUUGUGACCAAUACUGUUUAAAUUAUAUACAGUUCCCAUCAAAAUGUUGUUCCCACUGUCUAGCACUUUCUCUCGCCCGUUUUUACUUUUAUUAAAGUCUGUCCUCACAUAUGGUUCCUCUCUGUCCCUGCCUUUGUCUCUCUCUCAGCUUGUAUGAUGUUUGUGUAAAGUGUCAGUGAGGAACGGUUCUUCCCCGCUCUUAGCAAAUGUACAUAAUGUAUAUUUCAUAUUGUGUAGUAUUGGAGAGGAAUCUAAAGAACUGUCACUUUUUUUUUUAGUAAAAUUCAUUAAUAGUGUCUACAGUUUCUUUGCUCUGUGAAACAGAUCCUCAGUCACACUGUAGCCUAAAAUAAAAAGAUGUUCUGUGUAUUUGGUGUUUGUCCGGUUUUGUAAGAUAAGUACAGUAUGUUAAUGAAA